AUGGAACGCCUUUUUGAGGGUGACAUUUCAGAAGAGAUUGGAGAUCUUAAUGGGCUCCAGGCAUUAAAUAUUUCAAGGAACAAACUCAAAGGCCCAAUUCCCAGGAGUAUUGGUGCCCUGAAACAUCUAGAAUCGUUGGAUCUAUCUCAUAACUUCCUUUCAGGUGACAUACCAGAAGAACUUACUACACUCAAUUCUCUUGGGUAUCUAAAUCUGUCAUACAAUGAUAUUUCUGGAAGAAUCCCUCAGUCACCACAUGUUUCCACAUUUGAUGCUCUAAGAUUUGAAGGGAAUCCUAGUCUUUGUGGACCACCAUUUUCACUGUCUUGUGAAGCCAAUAACGGCGCCACAUUGUUUCCUUUUGUUGGAUUGAGAGAAACAGAUGAAGAGAAAAUGUGGAAGUACAUAUCAAUGGGAUUAGGUUUUGGAGCUGGCUUUGCCACCGCGAUCAGCUUUUCAUAUUUCUUGAAUAAUGGGAGGGGCUUCCACAGUUUUUGGAGAAGAUGCUACUGGUCAUGUGCUUAA